GUAACAACAAAGUCACAUAAGGUUCUUAGCAUAGACACCGAGAAAAUGUCUCUCGAUUUAUCUCUAGAAAUUGUUUUUUUUUUAUGAUGUUUUGGAGCUUCAAAACUUACAGAUUGUAAAUACCAUUUGCAUCACAUUUUCUUUCUAGUGACGUGUGCAUAUGAAGUUUAUUAGGAAGUCGCCUUUAUCAGAAAUAUUUACAGUAUUUAUGAGCCUGUUUAUCUAAAAAUCCUUCACUGAUAAUGUCCUGUUAAGGGAAGUGGGUGUAGUUCCUCUUUGCUGCCAUCUGGUGGCUGAUGAUCCCUUUCUUGUGUCUGGUGUAAAGGAUGAAAUGAGAGUCCCACGAUAAAAUUCCUAUCCCGUGCCAAUCCCAGGGGAGGGCAGGGGGAUGAUUUUAAGUUUGUAAACCUGUGGUGUUUUAUAAAUAUUUUGUACAUCUUAGAUGCAGCAUACACUGUUUUAUUACCGUAACUCUCAGCUCUAAGAAAAUUUCUUAAAAUAUUUGGCUUGCCUGAAAGCGAGAUAUUAGGAUCGUUAUUAACUUUUCGUUGCAACACAAUCUCGUCUGGCUCUGGGUUGUUUAUUUUUUAUGACUUGGCCCCCAAACCAAAGCCAUGCAUUGCUCUGGUCAGGUGAUACUGGAUACCAGCAACCAACCAGGCACUAGCACACAGAGUUUUGAAGAAUUCAAAAUAAAGAGAACUCCAUAAAAAAAAACCUAGCCUGUUAAUGAUUCCUGCUCCUGCCCACUACUCCUGCCUUUCGUCUUGUCUCAGUCCUUGUUGGGUCUGUAGUUCCCUCCGCAGAUCCUUGAUGGGAUUCAGGUCUGGACUCUGGCUGGUAGGGGUUGUAAUUGGCAGUGAAACCCCCAAAUCAAUAUUACAUCAUUAUGUGUUUGCUGAUUUGAUAUGGAUCACAAUUUUUAAAACAAAUUUUACUGAAGAGCAUUUGAGGUCUACAUUCAAAUUAAGGACAAGGGCUAUAACGGUACAUGUAUCCAUCGUGUGAUUUCAGUUGUAGCAUUUUCAAUUUGGAAUGCGCAGUGAAACAAACAUUUCUUGAUUCAGGUGAGUUGGUUAUGGCUAGUGCUAGUGAGCUGAAAGACCCUCCCACAUGACUUAAAUCAGUAGUUUGGAAACAUGCCCAACCAGGAGGAGCUACCGGGGCAGACCCAGGACACGCUGGAUAGAUAAUGUUGCUUGGCUGGCCUGGGAAUGCCUUGGUAUCCCCCCAGUGGAGCUGGGGAAUACUAAGGAGGUGGCUGGUGAGAGGGAAGUCUGGGCAUCUGCUUGGACUGCUGGCCCCUUUGACCCAAGCUCAGGUGGAGCUGUGGCAGCACAUCUGGAGAGGGGCUUGCCGCAGGCAGACCGGUGGAUGCGGCACCCCCCAUGCCCCUCUCGCAGACCCUCCCCGGAUCAAAGCACUUCUGAGGGAGGAGGUUCGCCUGCUGCUGCUCACAGUGCGACAAAAAGCCGACGGGGAGGGCAGGGAUGGAGCUGCAGCAGUCUCGCGUUACAGCUGUGAUGUGGUGCGCUACGCAAUGGCCUGUGAUGAACAUCUGCAGCAUGAAGCUCCCAGCCGCCCUCAGUCUGCUCAGCAUCAGCAGGAUGUGAGGUGUCAUACUAACCUGGAGGCCAUGAGGGAGAAGCUGAGGAUCAGUAACAUUGAUGAGAUUGUGGACCAUGUUAAAUCUGCCCUGAAAGAGGAAUGUGACCUCCUCCGGAAGGACAUUCAGUUUUUGCAGGCCUGUGUGGAGCAGGAGCACCAGAACAAUGAACCAGACCCGGAGCCCACCUUACCAGAGCUGCGCAGGGUGAGGAGCUGCAUUGAAGAGGACCUGAAGGGUGCCAGCACCUCAACGCGGUCCGCUGGCUGGAUGUGCCACCCCCGGCCUUUUCUGCUGACCCCCCAGCUCAGUGACAUUAGAGGAGGAAGGUCUGCUACACCCCCGCCAAACCACGACGACUUCCCCCCCUCCAGGAGCAGCCCAGCCCUGGAGCAACCGCAGCUCAGAGCAACGUCCCCCUGGGCUCUGUGUCAGGACCUUCAGCGCAGGGCCCCCAGCCGUGCCGUGCUGCAGAGCCCCCUCUCCACACCCCCGCUGGCCCUCGACAGCAACGCCGCACCUGCUCAGCACCAUUCGCUAGGUGUGUUCCUGCCUACGCCACCUGUGAUACAAAGACCCGCCAGCAGGAGGCGAUCUUCAGUGAGACGUUUGCGUCUGCCGCAGGCAGACGACCUGGUUAGUAUCACCUGAUCUACAUCAUAUACUGGUGUGUCAGGCUGCUGUCUGCACUGAUCAUUUAAUCAAGCAUGUCAUGACUGUUUAACCAGAUGCUAUGUUGAGUGUGUCUGGCAAUCUCAAUGACACACAGGACAUCUUGAUGGUACAUGGACAUGUGACAGUGAAGCAUCUCUCAGCUGCUGGGUCCGCUGGUGAGGAAUUGGGGGG